CGCCCUCGUGGAGUCGUGGGUCUCUCUCGCGACCGCCUCACCACGCGUUAUCCCUACGCGUCCGUCUCCCCCCUUUAUUUUUAUCGCGCCCGCCACCGAAAAGACGAAAAAAAUCUCCCAAUUCCCCAACCCUAACGCCGCUCUCGCCUCCACCCCCCAAAUCCCGAAUCCGCCGCCUCUUCGUUCGUCGUCGAGCUCGCUCGCUCGCCCAACCCUAGCGCGCCAGAUCUACCCGCCCCCGAGCAGCCGCCAUGGCGGAGACCCUCGACAUGACGCUCGACGACAUCAUCAAGAACAACAAGAAGGCCAACCCCUCGUCCGGCCGCGGCCGCCGCGGAUCUGCCGCUGGCGGCGGCGGCGGCGGGGGUGGGGGUGUUGGUGGUGGCGGCGGCGGCGGCGUGGGGCCGACGAGGCGGCCCUUCAAGAGGUCGGGGAACAGGGCGGGGCCCUACCAGCCGCCCAAGGCCCCUGAAUCGGCGUGGCAGCACGACAUGUACUCGGAUGUCGCGGCAGGCGGCGGCGGCGGCAGCGGCGGAGGCGGGAGGGUCUCGGCUAUCGAGACUGGCACCAAGCUCUACAUCUCCAAUUUGGACUUCGGCGUCUCGACCGAGGAUAUCAAGGAGCUUUUCUCUGAAUUAGGUGAUCUUAAGAAAUACGUAAUUCACUAUGACAGAAGUGGGAGGUCUAAGGGAACAGCUGAAGUUGUAUUUGCAAGGCGUGGCGAUGCUGUCGCAGCAGUGAAGAAAUAUAACAAUGUGCAACUUGAUGGUAAGCCAAUGAAAAUAGAGAUUCUUGGGACCAAUACUCCUACAGCUGCAGCUGCUCUUCCAGCAAAUAACGGAGGCUACGUUAGAAAUGUUGCUAAGAGUGCACCAAGGGGUGGCCCAGCUGGACUACCGCAGGGUAGACCUCGUCCAAGGGGGGGUGGGAGGCGCCGUGGUGGCGGAGGAGGCAGUGGUGGUCCUGGUGGAUCCGGUGGUCGCCGUGGCAAAGAGCGUAGCCAGCCAAAGUCUGCUGAAGAACUUGAUGCUGACUUGGAGAAAUACCAUGCAGAUGCGAUGCAGACCAACUAGAUCUUCACGGUGUUGAUAUUUCAACAUGAAAUCUGAAGGAUGUUUAUCUGCUUGUUCCUGCUAUUUGUGCUACCAUGUUCAGUGGCAACAACAAAACCUUUGUUUGUCGGGUCUUGGUUUACUGAAUUGUACGGUUUUAUGUGUCUACAUAGAACUAGAGUUAAGUGGAUGCUGGUGAACACUGUUAUGAAUAUUACUUGGUUGCCACUUAUGUUCCUUUUUCUGCGGAGUGAAGGCCUGCUCGAGUUGCUCCACAUACAGAAGUUACUGAAGAUGUAUGAGGUGCUCGUAUCUUCUGACUCCUUUAACAUACAUCAUCUUCAACGGCAUUGUUGCAUGGUUAUUUGGACAUUGUUCCUCUCUGUACAAGGGUUAUAAGGCUCAGCCAUCCUCAAUGAGGUGGCUGGUGCUUUUUUUGUUAUUUAUCAUUCUGCUAUUGUUGAUUUUGGGCUUAGCAAUAUUCUUCUACCCGUUAGUGAUUCAUAUGACAGCGGCUGGAGGGGUCACUUUCAUUUUAAAGUUGAUUUCCUCCUUGCAAAAUCUGCACCGUCAUAUGAUUAUUCUAUCUUCUAGCCAGCUGAUCGUCAGUUUGAAGAAGCAUCGAGGUGCAAAUUCUGAUUUAAAAUUUGCUAUUGAUAUUUGAUAGUUAUUCAAGUCUUAACAGCAUAUGUAGGCUUUGGACUUCAUUUCUUGGCCCUCCAUCCAUUGCCUUCUUAUUCUGUGUGAUGUUAGCAUUGCAGUGGAUCUUCAUUUUCAUUAAAAAUAGCCAUCAAACUCCUUUAGUAUCCCAACUAGGUAUGUCAUGAUCAUGUAACUGUGCUGGGAAGAUCCAUCUAUUAUGCUCAUGUUUCUGCCCUGCCGUUCAGUUUUCAACUGUUGCACUCAGUUUUCAACAGAAGGAUCCAUCCAUCUUGUUGCUCAUCAAUAAGGAUUUCUCAGUUUAUUGAUUAUUUGAGUAUCAUCCAAGUGUUGGCCUACUUGAUUGGAGGUGUUGAAUAACAAAUUUCAUAACCUUAUAAGAGGCAAAUUUUGAUGGCUGGCUCGAUGGUCAUGUUUGUCAGGCAAUGUCAAUGGCAUCAGUUCAGUAUUUUGGAAAUGGUACGGUGUAGUCAUCAUUUAGAUGGCAUUAGGUUAACUGGAAUUGAAAUAAUCGUUUAGAUUCUUUGCCCAGAUUCAAUUACAUAAAGCAAAAUAGGUUUACUUUUUUUUUUUUUGGGUUUGCAAUGUGGAAAGCUCCUAGGUGAUAGAUGUGGAAAUUUCAAUUUGCUCCUUCUGUUGUAAUUGAGGCUUGAGGUUUAUUCUGCGUUGCAGUUUUUUGCCCUCAA